AUGAACCCUCCUAUUUCGACCACUGAGGACGACGAACUUUUUCUCAAGGAGUUUGUGGCAGCGGCAGAGCAGCAUGAAGGUGGGGCAGUGGCGGCAGUGGGUCGUCAUGGUGAUUGUUCAAGUGAUGAUGAUGCUUCUCUUGUCACUCCCGAGACCAACAACAACAUGAUUUUGGGUGAUAUACUUCAAACCUUGCAGCGUUCCGAGACCUUAUUGCGAUCGGUUCGAGAGGAGAAUUCUGAGCUUCGUAUGCAGCUUGGUAUACUAGAGCAACAGUUGGACAGAACGAGGGAGAAUCUCAGAGAUCUUACCGCUCGUAAACUAUUAGAAACAACAUCUACUACUGUAUCACCCACUACUACUACCACUGGCGAGGCAGAUUCUACUGCUAUUCCUGUUGAUACUGAACAGGAGAUUGUGGAUGACGCUGUUCGUGGUACAACUAAUGGUGAUGGUAAUGGCGGUGGAUAUCCUUCUCCUGUUGGUGCAAGGGAGACUGAUUUUAUCAUGGCUAGCUCUGCUAAUGCCAAUAAUGGAACAACAUCUUCGCCAAGGUCCACUGAUUCCACUAAUCCUGAAAGUAACUUCACGAUUCCUUGGUCAUCUGUCGUGAAGGGUGUGUUUACUGAUACAACCCCUCCCACUAAGAAUGACCAUACUGCUACUCCUACUAUCCCGGUCGAUGUUUUUCCUACCGUGGGCGCGGAAAGCGACAAGAAGCGUGACAGUUUUGACAAGGGAUAUGGUAGUGUGGAUAAUGAUCAUGAUGGUAGUGGUCCUUGGCCGUUGUGGCGUAUUUUGGACAUGUUGUCCUGCAUCCCUGAUGAGCAGGUUGUAUGUGUCAAGAAGAUCCAAUUGAUUAAAGCUAAUGUCUCUACUGUUCUUAAUAAAUAUUUUUCUUCUUACGGUCACGUUGUGACCAUUCUAUUGUUGCAAAGGAAGACUCGAUCUCAUACAUCCACAUUGCCCCCUAACAUGGGAUUUGUGGUUAUGAGUGAUCCCGAUGCUGUCAGGAGGAUUCUCCAUGACCCUGAACAUAAUAUUCAAGGUAACCUAUGUGAGACUACUUCCUUCCAGAACAAGCGUAAAGUUGACACCGGGGUUGAUACCGUCUUGGCAUCUACACCGACCAUUGAUGGUAGUGGUAUUCUGAGUGGUCUCGUUUCCUACUCCUUCAUCACAUUUGCCGGGCUCAUCCUCACCACCAUCGAGAUCAUACUCAUCGCCGUCGUGGUCUUGUCAUAA